AUGGAGCCUUUUCCAGACUUGCCGACGUCGGAGUCUGAUUGCAGCUUGCCCUCUGAUGAUGGGCCUGUUCUUUCUGAUUCAGAUCCUCUGUGCGCUGUUCGCUGGGGAUGCAGUUGCAAGGAUGGACCAUGCGUGUCCCCUCAGAGCUCUUUGGAAACUGCCUGCAAAGUUUUGCGUGAAGGGAUGUCUCAGUGUGAUGCUCAGCAACGCCGCCAGCGUCAAUGGCUUCUCUUACGUGAGAUGAGGGUUUCGCAGAAGGUGCCAGCUGGGCAAUACAUGAUCCAAGGAACUCCAGUUUGCAGGAAAACAUGGCAAAAGGCGCAUUUGAUUGGGUCCGGCACGUUGAAAGAGCUGGCGGCUGCUGUGAAUGCUGACGGACCGCCUCCUGAUGGUCGGAAGAAGGGAUUGAACUGUCAUCAUGGCGCCUCCCAGUUGUCUACCGGACAGCAAGAUGUGAACAAGUUUUUGUUCCAUGCCUAUAGCCAUUGGGCAAUGCACGUGCCGACAGAAGAUGGGUCCACCAUGGAACUAUCUGAACCUGGUGCCUUGCCUCUGGAGGUGGAGUGUGACAUCCCGCAGGAUGAUGAUAGCCAAAGAACCCACGAAGCAGAGCUGGCUGAGCCUGUGGUCGGUCCGGAGACUUCUGGCAAGUUAGAUUCCCGGCGCUACCUUCCACACUCCAGUUGGCAGGAAUUCUAUGAGAUGUACUGCAACUGGUCCGACAGCCCGGUGCACAAGACUUCUUUCCGGCGGCAGUACCUGAAGUCGGAGUUCAAAAACUUCUUGCGCAUUGCUGAUGCCAGUGACCACAACAAGUGUCAGACAUGUGAACGGCUCAAGGCUUUGCGCAAGAAGGCUCAGUGCGAAGUGCAGUUGAAACAAAUUCAAGCUGCGCAUGCCAACCAUGUGCAGUCAGUUAUGAAAGACCGUUCCUGUGAUGCCCAAUCAGAACAGCUUGGCAGAGACAGUGUGGGUACUACUUCGACCGGAAGUCCUUUGGUGACCAGGCAGAAUGCAGUGCUGAACUGGACACAAGACGCCAUGGACCAGGCGAAGUUUCGAGUUCCGAGACAAAUCGCCCAGGCGAAGGCUUUGGCUCAAGCGUGGCGUCCCCAGCUGGCAGCCCACGGUUUGAUAUUUGACGGAGUGCCAGGAGGCAAAUUUUUGUUUUUGGUUGACCAGGACAUCGGAAAAAGCGCGAAUUUACAGUGCAGUGUGACAUCACGAGCGCUUCAGGUGGUCGCAGAGCGAUUGGUUGACCGUGGUGUGGAUUUGCCAAUGCACUUUCGGUGUGUCUCCGACAAUGCCACUGCUGAGACCAAGAACAACUGCUUUCUGAAGCUUCUCGGGGUGAUGGUGGGCCGAGGCAAUGUGACUUCUGCGGUCUUGUGCCAAGGCCGUGUGGGCCAUACCCAUAACCGGCAAGAUGCUUCCUUCAGCCAUGUGGCCACAGUCCUCAGCAAGGCCAAGGUGCUGCAAGAUCCCGACGAGUUCAAGGAGAGGAUCCACCAAAACCUCAUGGACUACCAUGUUGAGAGGGUCCAUGCUGUUAUGGAUUUCCAAACGUGGUUGAUGGCGGUUGGUACCCGCAUCACUGGCCUGAAUCAGACCAAAGAAGCUACCAAGAAAAACCUGGAGGCUUGCCAUUCCUACAAGCUCGUGCGACGUGAAAGUCUUCCACCCAACUUUCAAGCUGCCAUUCAGGUUCCAGAUUUCUUGAAAGGUGUGGAACAAAACAGCAGAGACGUCAUCUUGCUGUCCAAACUGUACAUGGCUUCAAAGAACCUUUCGCAGGCACCCAUCGUUUUCCUUCCCUGGGCAUGGCUCUGCAAGCUCAGCCCGCGGCCUUGUGACAUUCCGAUUCCCAGGCACAAAUUCUCCGAACGCCAGAGCAAGGAGUUCCAGAAAACUGCCGAGCUCAUGAAGCAGUGGGAUUACAUGAAAGCUCACAACUACCUGAUGGAGCUGGUCAUUAACAACCGCCAUGGCCGAGCCGAUUCUUGGAUCUUGCCCGUGAUUCAUUGGGUUUUCUGCGGCCGUCGUGGACAUUCUGUCCGCGAAGAUGAGUUAGGACCUCAGUUGGAUUUGGGCUUUGCCUUCACUGGGCCUUUGGAGAUUGCUGUGGUGCCAGAGACCAAACGCACGUCUUCGGCGCCUGCUGGUUCUUCAGUGCAAGGCGCUCCUCUUGGAUCAGCUGCAAUUGAGAAGGGAUGUCCUCCAGGACAACAUGCUGAAGCUGCACCGGCUGCACCUCGACCUGCUCCUGGCGCCGUUUGCUUUGCUGCAGCUCCAAAGGCAGCUGCUAAGAGAGCCCCCAGGGCAGCUGCCAAGACAGCAGGCUUGGUCGAAAGUGACAAGAAAGGCGUCUGGAUUUUGAAGCCCGCAGUGUAG